GAAGAAUGUGGAAGAAUGUGUACCAUGUGUUUUAUGUAUGAAAAAACAUUGUAAACAUCUAAAUAAGAAUAACUCACGAAAGCUCGAGGUCUAACAACUCAUGACGGAAGAUGUCCAUUUCGAUUCAACUGGAGGACCUGGACUUCAUAGAAGAGGAACUUCACUUUGACGACAAGGUCGCCGUUCUGUUCCUGCUCUAUGGCCACCGGAACCCAAAAUACGUCCUACAACUCUUGACCGUUGCGAUCCGAGCUCCGGAUGCGCGUACCCAGUUCCUCUCGGAGUGGGCCAAUCUGGUAGCUAAGGGCGAGGUCAGCGCAAGUCGAUGGCAAUCGGAGCUGCUGGAAGCGCUUGCCAUUGUUCAGGCCAAUCUGUGUCUCCUGAAGUGCGGCUUCGAUGAUGAGGAACUUCGCGAUCAGUUUCUGCCGCACGUCCCGGAACUGGCCACACAUGUCCACCCGGUUCUGAAGGGGUUGUGGCUGUUAUGCGAGAAGAUGGAUCGGGCUACAAGUGACAGGUUGGAGAACUACCUCAGGCAGAACUACGCUUUGGCCGUUAUGGAUUCUGAGUUCUUGGAGAUGAUCAUGUUAGAUAUGAUAGGGCAAGGUGUGAUAAAGUUGGGUUCCAAGGAAGGUGGUCAAGUAAGUGAUCUGAGCAAUUUGAUUGCCGCCUUCAAGGCGCUGGAAAUGGAAGGACUGAAAGACUUCUGCAAAAACAUUGAAAGCAACUUCAACCGAGAUCUACAAUCGGGAGAAAAUCAAUCGGACAAUGCUAAGAGUACGCUGGUCGCUGAAGUGAAAGGACAGCCGGUCGACAACAGUGACCACUUGGAAAAGUAUGUGAUAUCGUGGAAGAAUGCGGGUCUGAUCUUGAUUAUAAACCAGUUCCAGUUCUUCCGAGACUCCAAUCCCGAACUGGCCGAAUUACUUCCAUCUGAACCGCUGAAGAACCGACGCGGCACCGAGGUGGACAAAAUGGCAAUUUUGAAUCUGUUCACCAACCUCGGAUACGAACCGAUCGUGGUGGAGAAUAUACCUCACUUGGAGAUAAUGAACCAGGUGGAACAGGCUGUAGAUCGCGUUGAGCCGCAUCACUGUUCUCUGGUGAUUUGCCUCCUAUCGCAUGGCCAAGAGGGCAAAGUCUAUGGAAGCAACAGCAUUCCGGUCAGCGUGAAGGCCAUCGAACGGAAGAUGGCCGCCAGGAAGUUGACGGGUAAGCCCAAACUGUUGUUUGUGCAGGCUUGCCAAGGAUCCGGUUUGCAGACGGCCGUGGACGUGGCUCCCCGGUUAGAACACGACGGACCGUCCUCGGAAACGACGGCUUCGGUUUAUGUGGACUUCCUGGUGGCCUGGUCAACCGUACCGGGAUUCGCUUCCAUUCGGCACAUCGAGAAGGGAUCCUGGUUCAUUCAGGAGCUGUGCUCGAAGAUUAGGCAAUUGUACGAACGGGACCAUCUCAUGGAUAUUCUAACGGCUGUGAUAAACGAUGUUUCGGCGAAGCGGGGCUACGAAAAUGAAUGCAUGGUGCCAAUUAUUUACACUACCCUAAGGAAAAAACUGUAUUUUGAAGCUUUGAAAGUAAAGUGAUACAUAAUCAAAGGAACUUUAAA